UCCAGGCUGGGACAUCCAGGACUGCAGGAGCCUGUCUGGAGGAGCAUUAGGUGCUGUUGGAUCUCCUGCCCCCAACCCAAUCCCAGCUGUGGGGAGUCUCAGGGACUCUGGGCUGUGAGGAGUAGGGAAGGGAACACUCUCUAGAAAGGGUCAGCAUGGCCUGCAGGAAGAGCUGCUCGGAGCAUCAGACCAAGUGGGUCCUUGCCGGCAGUGCCAGUGUGGCUCUGCUGUUCACCAUUGGGAUGGUGCUGGGCUUCACCCUACAGCGGGGCACUCGAUCAGGCUGUGAGCAGGACAUCUGCCGCCCUGACGCGGACAUGCUGGAGUACCUGCUGAGCCUGGGGCAGAUCAGUCACCGGGAUGGCCUGUCAGUCACCUGGUACCACGCAGCCAACAGCCAGGAAGAGAUGAAGGCUGCCCUGAGCAGCAACUCCAUGGUCUUGGAGGCAGAUGUUACUGUCCAUGGGCUCAAUACCGCGAAUGAGACAGGGGUCCCCAUCAUGGCCCAUCCCCCUGCCAUCUACAGUGACAACACCCUGCAGCAGUGGCUGGAGACGGUGCUAGCCUCUUCCCUGAAGGGUAUCAAACUGGACUUCAAGAGCCUCAAGGCCGUGGGCCCCUCCCUGGACCUCCUGCAACAGCUGACAGAAGCCGGAAAAGUCCGGAGGCCCGUGUGGCUCAAUGCUGACAUUCUAAGGGGCCCCAAUGUGCCCCUCCCAAUUGAGGUCAAUGCCACCCAGUUCCUGGCACUGGUCCAGGAGAAGUAUCCUCAAGCCACCUUGUCUCCAGGCUGGACCACCCUCUACAUGCCCCUGUUCCCAAACAGCACCUACACUCAAGCCAUGGUGGAGAAGAUGCAGGAGCUGGUGGGAGCGCUGCCACAGAGGGUCACCUUCCCUGUGCGGGCUGUCAUGGUGCGGGCUGCCUGGCCCCACUUCAGCUGGCUGCUGGGCCAGUCGGAAAGGUACAGCCUGACACUGUGGCAGGGCGCCUCCGACCCCGUGUCAGUGGAUGAUCUCCUCUACAUCCGGGACAACACCGCCACCCACCAAGUCUACUAUGACCUCUUUGAGCCUGUCCUGUCACAGUUCAAGCAGCAGGCCUUGAAUGCCACAAGGAAGCGAAUGUACUACACCGGCAGUAGCCUGAUCCCUGUUCUCCAGCCACCCGCGGGUGAUGGUCUGGGCGUGGAGUGGCUGCUUCCAGAAGUGCAAGGCAAUGGCAGAACAGCAGUGAUCACGCUCCCUGACAGAGAAGGCGUGAUCCUGCUGGACGUUGGUCUCCAGGGAACUGCAGCCGGGGACCCUGUGCCCAUCGUCCGUGCCCCAGGCAGCGCUGCCCUGACACUGGAGUCAUGCCUGCUGCAGCUGGCCACACGCCCUGGGCGCUGGGGCCUCCACGUGCACAUAGUAGAGCCCGCAGCCCUCCGUCCGUCCCUGGCCAUCCUGGCACACCUCUCAGCCCUUGGCCACCUGCCUCGGCCUGUAUGGGUCGGGGCCACAAUCUCAUAUGGGAGUUUUGUGGUCCCUGGCCACACGGCUGGCAAAGAGUUCCUUAAGGCUGUGGCUGAGGUAUUCCCCCAUGUGACCGUGGCACCCAGCUGGCCCGAGGAGAUGCUAGGCAGUGGCUAUGGGGAGCGGCUGCUCAUGGAUAUGCUGGAGCUCUGCCAGGGACUCUGGCAACCUGUGUCCUUCCAGCUGCAAGCCGGGCCACUGGACCAGAGCAUGGUGGGAGCUGUGGCCAGGCUGCUGGCAGCCUCCCCCCGGGCCACCGUCACAGUGCAGCACAGCCCCACUGGGAGCAGCUGUACAGCUGUGUGGGCAGGGCUGCUGGCAGCCAGCGGGGUGGACAGGACCAGAGUCUACUGCAGGCCCCCCCAGGGGUACCACAAGGACUCGUGGGCAGAUGUUGGCAGAAACUGACCGCCCAGUGGUGCCGGGCCAGCCAACUCCUAGGUCCAAGCUUCCCUGCAGGAGGCAGGAGGAAUAAAUGCCUCUGCCUUCCUCCUCGCACGGCACGAGAGUCCUUGGGGGCAGCUGGAGGGGAGCCUAGAGGGUCUGGAGGCUGGGGGCCAGGUCAUUGCGAUUGUCCAGGAGGAAACGUUCGCAAGCCUUGAAGGUGGUGUAGAACUCCGAGGAGAGGCCGGACACGUUGGUGGUCACGUAGUUGAGGAAGUCCGGGCUGACCUGGUUGUAGUAGGACACCUGCAGAGCAGGAAGCUAUGCUCAGGGAAGCAGAGAAGGGUGAGGGGCAUGGCCCACCCCUGGGCAUGAGGCAGGGCUGGGGAGAGUCGCCUUCUGGGAGAGCAGCAGAUACAGCCCAGCUCCAUGGAGUCUUGAAGGUCAGUUGAUAGGCGUGACCUUCUCCAGCCGGUUUCCCCUAACCCUCCUCAGGGUGCUGACAACCCUGGCUGCCAGUCACCACACACUGUACUGUCAUUGGGCAUCUUUUCCCUCAGUUAUGUGGCGUUCAGGGAAGGGGCUAGGUCUCCAGAACCUCCUACAGAAUCCCCCUUAAAUAAAGGUGCUCUGGGGCUGCAGAGAAACGUUGGACUUUGGCCUGGAACAUGGCCCCCACCCCCAGCCUGUUGGCUCAAGUGUGUUGAUGUAGCCAACACUGGCUGAGGCUCACCAGACUGGAGCUGCAGGGCCCCACAGGAGCUGGAAGCUGGUGUGGGAGCUCAAGUCCCCCCUUUCUCAGCCUCCUCCCCACCUUUUCAAUUAACGCGGACUGCCUUGCUGAGUUUUAUGGGCCUCAGAGCCAUAUAAAGCCUUCCCAGACAAGAAGUAUACAAGUAAAUAAAUAAUGAGAUGAAUUUUUA